AUGUCAGCCCCCCAAUCCAAACCUAUCGCCCAAUUCACAAUCACCCGCGGAGUCUUCCGCAGCUCCUACGAUAUCACAACCGCCGGACAACACGGCCAACCCCACUACCAUGUGGACAACUCACACUGGAACCCCGGCAAGCCCGACCUAACCUUCCACACGGGAGCCAACACCACCGGCCCCAUCGCGGGCGUCAGUAAAUACCGACAUUUCUCAUCAGACACGGAGAUCGGACUUGGCGAUCCUUCCCAGCCUCACGCGAUCGAAUGGUUCCGUCUGAACCGCGACAGCAUUAUGUCCGGACGGUACUCGAUCCGGAUAACCCUAGGCACCACCACAGGCAGCAACAGCAACCAGCAGUCGCAGCCUCGCACGUUUACCUGGAAAAGGACACGCUCGCUGAGCAAGCAUUCGGGCGGAUUGAAGUUGGUGGAUGAAUCAGACCGGGUAGUUGCGGUUUUUGGGUCCGGGGGGAGUUUUUCCUCGACGACUGGCCAGAUGGAUAUCUACGUGCCGUAUGGAGAGCGGUUUCAGCUUCUGGUGUUGGUGAGCGGGUUGGCCUUGCGGGAAAAACUCGCGCGGGCGAGAAACGCUGCAGCAGCUGGAGCUGGUGCUGGUGCUGGUGGGGGCGGUGGGGGCGCUUAA